AUGGGCCCCAAGCACAAGAAAAUAAGGAAGAAAGUGCCCAUUUCCGUUUUUGAAACUGAAACUACUUCCGAUCCAGCAUUGCAUCGGAAAUCAUAUGCGUCUGGCUCGGUUCUUCCUCGUUCCCGCAUCCGCCAAACGAAUCGACCGGUCGUGUCAAGGAAGAUAACACAGUCCACGAUAACUCGUUUUCAUAUUCUGCUAAAGCAGCAAGCGGCCAUCAGAAAGAAGAUAUCGAUACAGUCGCCAGAAAACGAUAAUGCAACGCUCAAUUCGCUUGAAACAUCGCUUGCCGCCGUUGAGCAAGAGAUGGAAGACUUGGGAGGUUUAAAGGCAUAUCAAAAUGCCAGCACACUCGGACAGUCUAACGAAAGAGGUGGCGACAGCUCGAAGGUCUUGAUAAAAUGGCUGCGCGGACUCGGCCUGAAGCAGGAGGCCAUAUCUCGAUCCAGCAAAUUGCGUAUGCUCGAGAUCGGAGCCUUGACUCCUGGCAAUUACUCAAGCUCUUCAAAUUGGAUAGAUAAUCAUCCAAUUGAUCUUCACUCUCAACAUCCAGACAUAGCAGAGCAAGACUUCUUCGUGAGACCGAUACCUACAGCCGUCACAGAAGCCUUCGACAUUGUCAGCUGCAGCUUGGUACUCAAUUUCGUCAGCUCCGCGCCUGAAAGAGGGAAGAUGCUCUCACUUAUUCAUGAUCAGCUAAAACCGACACCACAAUCGCUUUUGUUCCUCGUCUUACCCUUGCCAUGCCUGGUCAAUUCGCGUUACCUGUCUAUCGAUUCAUUCAAAGACCUUAUGCGUAUAGUUGGCUUUACGCUGGAGCAGGAGCACUGGAAACCGGGAGGAAAGGUUGGAUAUUGGCUGUGGAGGUGGGCAGAAAAGGACGAUAGAGGGUCAGAACGAUGGGGCAGGAAGCUCGUAGAGAAAGACGGACCCAAAAAGAAUAAUUUUGCUGUUGUACUACCUUGA